AUAACAGAUAUCUUUCCUUUUCUUAGUUGUUCGGAUUUGGGUUAACAAAUUUCUUUAUUUUUCUUAAUUAUUCGAAUUUGAGUUAACAAUUUUCUCUUUAGGUAUUGAUUGGUAGAUUGAUUUUGAUUUUUUGGUGUGUUUUUGGGUGUUUGUUGUUUAGUAUAUUUAUAAAGCUGGAUAUAGGAUUUUCAUUAUUUAGUGGCAGAUUAUGCUUAGAGUUCAAUUAUAUUAUUAGUUUCUUGGUGAUUAAAGUGUUAAUUAUUGUAUAGUAACUAAUUGGUUAUUCUUUUUUGUUGUCUGUUUGGUUGAAAAAAAUGGAUCUUGUAUUUUUUUUUGUGUGUGAGAGAGAGAGAAAUUUUGGUGUUAAUCUUUGUGAGGAGUACCCCAUUUUGCUGUUUUUAAUAAAUAUAUUAAUAUUAAUUUUUAUCAAGUAAAAGUUUUUGUUGUCUAUACAGUUGUGUCAGUUUAUACAAAAUAUCAUAUGUUUCAAAUGCGUGCUUCAUUGCUUUGGACAGUCAAUGAUUUUCCAGCACUAGGUAACUUAUCAGGAUAUGGUGUGAAAACUAGAUAUGCUUGUCCAUGUUGUCUGACCAAGACUAAAUUUCUGAGAUUGAAAUAUGGGGGAAAAUAUUGCUUCAUGUCGCACAGGCGUUGGUUACCCCAUGGGCACAUGUUUCGAAAAGAUAAAGUUUCGUUUGAUGGUUUUAAGGAGUUAGAGGCAACACCUAAAUGUUUGUCAGGUAUUGAAGUUCUUAAGCAAUUGAAAGGUAUUAGAAUAAUUCGGAAAACAUCUAUUGGCCAAAUCCAAGAAAAGAAAAUGGAAGAAUUCUGAUCAUGUUGACGAUGCCAUGUUACAAUAUUUAUGAAAAAAAAGAGCAUAUUUUUUGAGUUAGACUACUGGAAAGACAAUAUGAUUCAUCAUAAUCUUGACACAAUGCAUAUAAAAAAGAAUGUAUUUGACAAUAUAUUCUGAACAUUACUAAAUGUUGACGGGAAAGAAAAAGAUAAUCUGAAUUCUCGUUUGAAUUUACAAGAGAAGGGGAUUCGAAAGGCUUUGCACCCUAAAAAAAACUAAUGGCAAAUACUAUCUACCUCCAACAUGUUUCUUUUUGAGUAAUGCACAAAAAGAUAUGCUCUUACAAGUUUUAAGAGAUGUGAAAGUACCAGAUGGAUAUGCUUCCAAUAUAUCACGUUGUGUUGAUCUUAAGCAAUGCACUGUGCAUGGAUUGAAGAGUCAUGACUGUCAAUAACUCCUUCCUAUUGCUUUGCGAGGUCUCCUUCCACUGAAUGUCCUUAAGCCAAUGAUAGAAUUAAGUAAUAUUUUUAGGGGCAUUUGUUCGACAGUUAUGAACAUAGGUGAAUUAGAAAAGCUCCAAGAUCGAGUUGCAAUAACUCUUUGUCAUUUUGAGAGAAUAUUUUCUCCAUCUUUUUUUGAUAUCAUGGAACAUCUAGUCAUCCAUUUAGUUGAAGAAGCAAAGAUUGGUGGACCUCCACAAUACCAUUCAACGUAGGCAUUUAAAAGGUACCAUUUCGUUAUUCUUAUUUAUUGUACUUAUGAAGUAUUAUAUUGAAUUAUAGUAUUAUUUAUUAUUUUAGGUACUUGCUUACUCUUAAAAAUUAUGUGAGGAGUAGAAGCCAUCCAGAAGGUUCAAUUACAGAGGGAUAUUGGAUAGAAGAGUGCAUGACAUUCUGAUCAAGAUAUCUACAUGAUGUGGAGACAAAGUUAAAUCGAUCUUUAAGAAAUUAUGGUUUCUAUAAUGAGAUUCCAAAUCAAGAGUGUCGUCAGUCAACUAAAAUUGAUAGGUUUACGCUUGAUGACAUUACUCAUGCCCAAGAGCAUAGAUAUGUUUUAUUUAAUUCUGUUACCAUAAUGCCAUACCGUCAUGAGCAUAUAAAAGAAAUCAAGAAGCAAAAUUCUCGUCUAUCGAGACAUGAUGUGGAUCAGAUUCACAAUGAAAAAUUUCACAUAUGGUUUAGAAAAUAUGUAAUUGUGAACCAGCUAAAAUACUUGUACACACACACACUAUAUAUAUAUAUAUAUAUAUUAUAGUAUCAACUUUGUAGUAUUUGAGCAACUUUAUUGUGAUGGCAAGAAAAAGACAGAGAAAUUUCAGUUAAGAAAUGCUUCUGUCUGAUGUUCCGGAGCAACAAGAAGAACAAAUGGGAGGUGCGGCGAUGCCUCAACCACCUCAAAACUGGCCACAAAAUGAAGGACAAGCUAUUCGAUCCAGUAAAUCAAGAAAUGAUUCACAUGAAACAAAAAAAUCCCUAGACUCUAGUGCUAAUGAAGAGCAAUCUAAGCGACCUAGGGGUCCUACUAUAAUGCACUCAGGAUGGAGAAAAGAUGGUGGCAUUUUACAUGUUGAGUUGAAUAAUCUUAAUCAAGCUAUUGGACCUGAUGCAACUACAUUGAGUUCAAAACUUGGAGUCAUAACACGAAAUGGCAUUUUAGCUCCUUUAAAUCAUAAAGAUUGGAGGCUUGUGCCUAAACUGUACAAGAAUAGGAUAUGGGCUCAUAUUAAGGAAAAUACUGAUGCAACUAAGGAUAUGAGACGUAUGUUGAUGAUAUUGGUUGGAUCUAAAUGGAAAGAAUGGAAGCAUGAAGCAAAAAUGAUUGGUUUUAAGCCAUACAACAACGAUAUCGAGCACUUAGCUAAACGUCCAGACAUGGUAGAAGAAGACCAGUGGCGUGCAUUAGUUCAUUAUUGGAGCUCUAAUGAAGCAAAGGAAAAGAGCGAGAGGAACAAAGAAAGUCGAAGGAAGUUGAGUAUGCCACACACAUCAGGAAGAAAAAGUCAUUCUCAAAUUAUAGAUGAUGUAUGCCAUAUUUACUAUAAGCUUUCUGCAAUUUAUAUAUCAAUACUUAUUUUCUUGAAUAUCUUUGCUACAAAUUUUUUACUAUUUAAAUAG